AUGGAGACGGACGGAUUUCAAAACGAGUUUAAUCCGCAGGUAAAUUCUAGUUUUUGACAACAGAAUUAUGAUCAGCUGGUCAAAAUUCGCCAGAAAGUUUAAUUUAAUAAAUAUAUAUGAAAAUUAAAAAAUUUUGCAGUUCGAAGAACAAUAUGAGGAAGGAGAAGCAGUUCCAGUCGCAGUUCAUCAAUGUGAUGUUUGCAACAAGAUCUUUGUGAAUUUCAAAGGUCUUCAACAACACGCCGUAAUCCACACCGAUUGUAAACCAUUUCAAUGUGAAAUUUGUGGCCGAGGCUUUCGUUUCAAGUCAAAUAUGUUCGAACAUCGAUCAGUUCACACCGGAUUCACCCCACACAUUUGCUCAUUUUGUGGCAAAAGUUUCAGAUUAAAAGGCAAUAUGAAGAAACAUAUGCGAACUCAUGUGACAACGAAAGAGGAACUCGAAAUCGCAUAUCGGCCGUAUGCAAGUAAUCGAAGACCGAAUAGUGUGAUUCCGGAUGAUGCGAUUGUUAUAAGAGGAUGUUCGAUGCCGUAUUUUGGGACGACGAAAUCACGGGCGGCUCGGAAAUUAUUGUUGGGACAGAAUUCGACGAAAUGGAUUGGUAUGUUGACGAGAAAUGAAUUAUUGCCGAUAUCGUCGAUUGAUGAGAAAAUGGAACGAGUUAAUUUGGCCACUUUUAGAGAUCAUGAUGUUAAUACGUUAUUCAGUGAUAGUCAAAGUAUCGAAUUUGAAAUGUACGAUUUUUCGGAGGGUUUUGAAUGAGAAAACUGUCACUAGGCAAUUGUUUCAGCCCAUUCUCGAAAUUUCUGAUAAAAUACAUGUUUUCUAGUAGUUUUUUAGCCGCUGAUCACAAUCCCGAUGUCAAAAACUACUUAGCUCAACUCUAAACAUGGGUUAUGACGUGGCAAAGUUGAAAACUUCGAAGAAUUGGGAUUUUAUAAGGUUAUAACUAGCUUCAAAUAUGCUUUUCAUGAAAAUGUGAUAGUCUAUACGCUAUGCUAUCAAAGUUUCAUGAAAAUCAUAUUUGAAGCUAGUUAUAACCUUAUAAAAUCCCUAUUCUUCGAAGUUUUCAACGUUGCCACGUCAUAGCUCAUGUUCAGACUUGAGCGAAGUAGUUUUUGACAACGGGAUCGUGAUCAGCGUCAAAAAAAUACUAGAAAACAUGUGUUUUAUCAGAAAUCUCCUGUGUGAGCUUCCUUUUGACAGUUUACUGAAAAUUUGAAAAUCAAAAACAACUCUCAAUAUUUUCCAGUUACAAUUGUCCGUUCUGCAAAAUUAUCUGUGGCGGAAAAGUGGCUUGUCAAAUUCACAUCUACACUCAACAUCAGAAGAAUCCGGACGACUUGAAGAAGGAAAUGUUUUGCGAGAAAUGCAUGAGAACGUUUCCCGACGAGAAUAUGCUUUUGCAACAUCAAAGUUAUCAUACGAGAGUUCAGAUGAUGAUUCGAAAUCAUGAAAUUGAGAGUAUCAAGGUUUGGUCUUCGAUAUUUUUUAUGAAAGUAAUUUUGACCCGCUUGUCACUAUUUUGUUGUGCAAGGCUCAAUUUCUUAUAUGAGUUAUGACGUGGCAAAGUUGUAACUGAAUUUAAAAAUGAUUUUCGUUACGCUAAUCUGGUGAAACCACGAUUUUUUAAAAUUACCACUUUGCCACGUCAUAACUCAUAUUAGAAAUUGAGUUUUGCAGUUUUGAACAACGAAAUCAAGAUCAGCGGGUCAAAAUUAGUAAGAAAAGCAGUUUCCCUGCAAAACCCUUCGCCUCCCCCAAAAAAAUCAAUAAUUUUCCAGGCUACAGAUGAUCCAAGUGUUUCAAUCGACGAAGUCACCUAUCUCUAUCUUUCCGAUGAAACCAACAAUAAUCAAGAAGAACCCGGUCCCUCUGAUCGUAUUAGAUUUGCCAAAAAAAUCGAGCCCGAAUUCCCUGGAGUCUUGGUUCAAUCUCAAAUUGUUAUGAUGAAUAAUCCGAAAAAUUCUUCUCAACAACAACCACAAAAUCAAGAAAUUGGUCAACUUUUUGGCGAAAAUUGGACAAAUCCCGGCGAAAUCAAUUUGAAUGAGAUGAUUUUGGAGCAAACUGAGCAAAAGGUUGGCAAAGUUUAG